AACAUUUUCAAACCUCUCCUGUUCCAUCUAUAUAAAGCCCCUCCCUCCUUUAUCCUCUUCCACAUCAACACAACCCCACCCCUUUCUCUCUCUACAUCUAUACAUCACCACCACUUUCUCUCUCCACACCAUCAUCAACUUUUCUUGUUGAGGGAGGAUUCCUAGAGAGCGAAAUUAACACGAGAUGGAUCAUCACCAAGAUGACACAAAAUCAUACAGCCAAAGUGAAGAAGAUUUGUUGGAGCUGAGGAGAGGGCCAUGGACAGUUGAUGAAGAUUUUACUCUCAUCAACUAUAUAGCCCACCAUGGCGAAGGCCGUUGGAAUUCUCUAGCUCGCUCUGCAGGUUUGAAGAGAACCGGCAAGAGCUGCAGAUUGAGGUGGCUAAACUACCUGCGGCCCGACGUCCGCCGCGGAAACAUCACUCUCGAGGAGCAGCUGCUCAUUCUCGAACUCCAUUCUCGUUGGGGAAAUAGGUGGUCGAAAAUAGCACAACAUUUACCGGGAAGGACGGACAACGAGAUCAAGAACUACUGGCGCACGCGUGUGCAAAAGCAUGCUAAGCAGCUCAAAUGUGACGUGAACAGCAAGCAAUUCAAGGACACCAUGCGCUACCUAUGGAUGCCAAGAUUGGUGGAGCGCAUCCAAGCCGCCGCCGCCGCCGCCCCGAAUCUCGACGUGGCCGUGGCCCUGCCGCGCCCCGAGAAUUCGAGCGCGGCCGCGUCGUCGGAGUCCUUCGGGACGCCCGCGUCGGACCUGACGGAUUGCUACAACAAUCAGGAUUGCUAUGCGGCAAAUAAUAAUCAGUUUAGCUAUGGCGAUCAAUUGUCGCUAAGCAGCCCAAGUGGAUACUUCAAUCAAGGGCUGGAUUUCGGCGGGCAGUGGGCGAUGGACGGCGGAGAUGCGUCGGACAGUUUGUGGAGCGUGGAUGACGUGUGGUUCUUGCAGCAGCAGUUCAACACCAAUGCUUGACUUCUUCAUCAUAUAUAGUUAUUAGUUCAUCAACAUUUCAUCACAAAGGAUACAUAAACCCUAGAAAAAUAGGUUCUCUUCUUCAUAGUAUUUGUGGAGAUCAGGGACAAGCUCAUUCAACUUUUGAUGAUAUAUAGUACUAGUUUUUAUGCUUGUAAUUCUUUGUUUCUUCUUUUUUUCUUUAAAAAAAAGUUUGUGGGGGAUUUAAUGAAGAGAAAUUGUAACUUGAUCAUGCUAGCUACGUGAAUUCAAAUUCACUUCAAGCGUCUAA